CAGUUUGGAAUCGGGACCGGAUUUUUUUUUUCUUCCAACAUGCAAUUCUAGUUUUUCCAGAUUCUGCAAUCUUCUUCUUUUUUCCCCCCGCAGCUAUAAUAAAAACAAGGCCUCAAAAUUUUAGUCUUCUGGAAGAAGAAGCCACGUUGCAAGGAAAGCGGGGCAGAGAAGUUGGCUUGUUCUGUUACCGAAUGCCAUGCAUUUUAAGUAUUAAAGGCCUCUCCAGAAACUUGACCCAGCUCCGGAACCGCAGAAACAGAACCGGACUCGCCUGCUAGCCACGCCUCUCCUCCCUGCGCAAAUCACCAGAUGGAGACGCAGCGACCCGUCUCGUGUGAUCGCGCCCGUUGACUGCUAGCACCAGCCAAUCCUGGGUAUUUCCGGACGCGUUUUUCUGCCUUGCCCAACGGAGCGCGGCUGGGAAGCCAGAAAAGGAUGUGGUCGGCGAUUUCGGCCUUUUACACUUAACGCGUCUGAAAGGCAAGAGAUUAUGACACAGAUGCAAGGCUUCGGGAGAAAGUAUAUUAAAGGCUUUUUGAAAGGUUUUUUUGUUGCUGUUCCUGUGACUGUCACUUUCCUCGACAGAGUGGCUUGUAUAGCAAGAGUAGAAGGGACAUCAAUGCAGCCUUCACUGAAUCCAAUGGAACAGCAAGUAUCUGAUAUAGUGCUUUUAAAUCAUUGGAGUGUUCGGAAUUACGAAGUACAACAUGGAGACAUAGUUUCACUUGUGUCUCCAAGAAACCCAGAACAGAAGAUAAUUAAACGAGUGAUUGCUCUUGAAGGGGACAUCAUCAAAACCCUAGGCUAUAAAAAGAAAUAUGUGAAAAUUCCACAUGGACAUAUAUGGGUAGAAGGCGAUCAUCAUGGGCACAGCUUUGACAGCAACGCUUUUGGUCCGAUCUCUCUUGGCCUUCUACAUGCUCGUGCUACUCAUAUACUGUGGCCUCCAGAGCGUUGGCAAAAGUUACAACCCAAGCUUUCUCCAGAACGCCAGCCUCUCCAGCAUGACCAGGAAUGACUAGUUUGGAUCUGUUAGAAAACUUAUAAUUGAAUUUGGUAUGGCUGUAUGAAAUGGCUGGUGCAAAUGAAAUACUCAUUCCUUCUAAAGCAAUUCUGUCUUGAUUUUAGCAUUUCAACCAUCCCAAAAUUCUACAAGGUUUGAACACUUUAGUAUAGUGUCUUAAUUUUACAGACAAAGAGAUUUGUUUUGCUUUUUUUCCCAUUGCAACUUUUAGGUUUUUUUUAAUUUUACUAUUUGUUUUUUCACAAUAUAGUAGAUGUUACUACUGGAUAAUAAAAUAUGAUAUCAGCAUGUAAUAGUUUAUAUAUUCUAAUUCUUUAGAUGGUAUAAUUGUUUUGAAGGAACAAUAUUUCUCAUGUAAAGAACUGUGCCCUAGAAUCAAUUUUCCCAUAAAUACAUGUCAUUAAAUGUUUUUACUUGUUAUUACUGUCAAGAUUAAAUUAAUUUGUAUUUGCAUUGCAUUUUAAAAGAUAAUUAAAAUUUCUAUUUCUAUACCAAAGACUUAGAGUAUUUCAUUGUCCUAUACUAGUAAAUAACUUCCACCUUGAUAUAUUAUGUGUGGUAUUAAUGGUACCAUGCAUGCAAACUUACAAACACAUACAAAGAUCCCAAAUACAAGAAGUUUUUCAGCAUGGAGAACUGUAACUAUAUCACUAUAAGAAUCAAUAAUAUGGAUUAAAUGGGAUUGUGGUCUGAUUUAGGCAGCUGUGUUUUUGUGGAAUUUCUCUGUGUCUUUGACCAUUGUAAUAUCGGAUACAUCACCUUCAACAUGGAGAUGACAAGAUCAUGCUAAAAUUCACAGGGUUAAGGGAAAUUAAACUAAUGUACCUUUUCUGAUCCUGCAUAUAUAGAGUUGUACACAGUGAUUAAAAUUCCCCAUUUAAAAAAACACAAUCUAUUUACUAUACUAUGGAACACUUAGUUUCUUUCUGUAACU